AUUUGGACUAGACAGAGCGAAUGAGGAUCGAAAUGACUUUACAUGGGUGCACUGUAAAACCACUCGCGAAAAGCAAAGGCUUGCUUCUGCAGCGACUUGCGAGAUCUGAGGCUGGUGCGAAUCCACCGAACAGCGUUGUCUUCUUUCUGCUCUUCUGCUAAAUUGCAACCACCAACAAAGAAAUUAUUGAAAGAAACCGAACUCUUGCAGAAUUCGUUAGAGAUUUGGGAUUUUUUUUCUAUCUUUUUGAGAGAUUCGUAGAUCGAAUAUCAACGAAGAUGAAUAUUUUCAGAUUAGCGGGUGAUAUGACUCACCUUGCCAGCGUUCUCGUCUUACUCCUCAAGAUCCACACCAUCAAAUCCUGCGCUGGCAUUUCUUUGAAGACUCAAGAACUCUAUACUAUUGUUUUUGCUACUCGCUACUUGGAUAUAUUUACGGAUUUCAUAUCCCUCUAUAAUACUACUAUGAAGCUAAUAUUUUUAAUAAGUUCAUUUUCGAUUGUUUGGUAUAUGAGGAACCACAAGAUUGUCAAUAGGUCCUAUGAUAAAGCUCAGGACACCUUCCGCCAUUAUUUCCUUAUACUGCCUUGCUUACUCUUGGCCCUCAUUGCUAAUGAGAGGUUCACGUUUAAGGAGGUUAUGUGGGCAUUUUCCAUAUAUUUGGAGGCUGUUGCGAUACUUCCUCAGCUUGUGCUGUUGCAAAGAACUAGAAAUAUCGACAACUUGACAGGGCAAUAUGUUUUCCUUCUUGGUGCAUACCGAGCUCUAUACAUUCUCAACUGGAUUUAUCGCUACUUCACUGAGCCACACUAUAUCCAUUGGAUAACUUGGAUAUCUGGGCUUGUGCAGACACUGCUUUAUGCUGACUUUUUCUAUUAUUACUUUGAGAGCUGGAAAAACAACAAGAAGCUUCAGUUACCAGCUUGAAAGGUUUAUAAGGACAGUUGAGGACAUCUUGAUUGGUCAACAGCAAAACCCUAAUUUUUAUUUGAUUUUUAUUCAACCUAUUUUACGGCGUCAGAUUGUUCUCAGGUUUCUUGGCAAAAGUAAUUGAUUUCAGAUACCAAAAGUGAACACUUGUUUCAUACUGAAUAUUUUUGUAAAGGAGUAUAUUAACAUCAGUGCAUUAGUUCACUCGUAAUAUUGAUUUUUGCA